AUGGCCCUGGAAUUAACUGGCAAAAGCGCCAUUGUUACCGGUGGCGGUUCAGGCAUAUGUCUGUGCUUUGUGAAACUCCUCCUUAGCAAGGGCUGUUCUGUUGUCAUUGCCGACAUCAGCCUCCGCCCCGAAGCCACACAGCUUCUCGAGGAGUACCGCCAAGACGACCCCCGCGCAGUCGAUGGCCCAAGGCCGUUUGUCUCGUUUCACAAAACAGACGUUACAUCCUGGCCACAGCUCAGCCUGUUGUGGGAGACGGCCGUCAAAACCCACGGCAAGGUGGACAUUGUAGUACCCGGCGCGGGCAUCUUCGAGCCAGCGUGGAGCAGUUUCUGGAACGCCCCCAAGACCGACACCAAUCCUGAUACGCAGUCGCGAGACGCCGGCGAUGCAGAGCCAGGCCAUUACGCCGUCAUUGACUUGAAUCUCACCGCGCCACUUCGACUGAGCCAGAUGGCCAUUGGGCACUGGACCACGAAUCGGCAGAAAGGCUGCUUGGUGCUUGUGGGAAGCAUCGCGGGUUAUUUAGACACGCCGAUUCGGCCGUUGUACCACACGACAAAACAUGGCAUCCACGGGUUUGUGUCGUGCAUGGCCCCCCUUCGCGACGCGCUGGGGAUUCGGGUGAGCGCUGUGGCUCCCGGUCCGGUCAAGACUUCGAUAUGGGAUCAGGGAUUCACCAUGUCAAAAGACAUGAGCGACAACAUGGCUUGGAUCGAUUUGCAGGACGUCGCCCAGGCCAUGUAUCAGUUGGUAGUGGAUGAGAAGAUGGGCGACGGAACGAUAUUGGAAGUCCUAGCUUCGGGUACCCGAAUUCUACCCAGGUUUGCUGGUGCUUCUGAAGAUCUAAUUAACUCAACCGUGGGCGGGUAUCUGAAGGCUGAGGAAACAUUCCUGGCUGACUUGAAGGCGAACAGCCUACGAGUCUAA